AUGAAAAAAAGUAAAUCAAAACUAAGUCCUUUAGCACCUUUUAUUGAAAUCAAGCACCGCGCCAAAUUAGAAGACUUAACGGUAAAUCAAAGACCUCCGGAAACUCCUAAAAACACAAAAACCCAGGUUUUUGAGAAAAAAAUAGAAAAAGUUACAGGUUUAUUAGACUUCAACCCAGAAAAGGGUUUUGAUAGGAGAGCGAUCGCUGAGCUGGACAAAGUGCGUGGGCUAUUAAAAUCAGAAAGUCAGCGAAAACGAGUCCAAUGAGUUGCGACAAAAAAUACUCGCGAUGUUUCUCAUCUAAAAGACAAAAUUAAAAUCCCUGAGUUAGAUCUUGACACCAUCUUAAACAGUAUGGAGCUUCCUACAGAGCUAGACCAAGUAAAAACACUGCUGACUAAUUCAGAUUAUCGAGGAAUUACUAGUUCAUUUAGCCCUACUGGGCUAAGCAGCCCGAUUUCUUGUAAAAGAGAAGCGUGCGUAAAUAGAGCACUUGCAACGAUACCCUCUUCCAGUUCUAGCAAGCGCUUAAAUUUAGCUGCACUUGUGGAAGAAAAUUCAGAUAUAGAAGAAAAUACUUUGAGGCCUCUAAGUCCUUAUGAAACAUUUGAAAGGUUUUACUUACUCCCCCCCCUCCGUGAGUGAACAAAACCAUUAGAAAAAUCCCUAUUUUUUGCCCAAAAACCCACCCUCCGUUAGUGAACAAAAAUUUUUUAUAAAAAAAAAAUUGAUAUAAGUGAUAAUUAGUAUAAUGAAAUCUCGAGCUAAUUCUGUAUAAUUUUAAACAAAUUGAGUUUUAAAAAAUAUAAAUUUUAUAAAUUAAAUUAAUACUUGCUUCCCAAUUUUGUAAAUUAGGAUUUUUUUUAAAAAUUUCGAAAAAAAAAUUUUCUAUAAAAUUUAUAUAUAAUUUUUUUUAAAAAAAAAAAUUAACCCCCCCUCCGUGAGUGAACAAAAUUUUUUUUGUUCACUCACGGAGGGGGGGAGUUAGGUAACCCAACUGGUCGACAAGAAAUCGAAAAUCUGAGAAAAUGAUUCAGCUUGAUGAAAUCCAAGUAUUUAGCUAAUGGAGACUUGGAUGCUACAGAAAUAAUUUAUGGAAUGUGUGGAAAAGAGCUAGUAAGGCAAGUAACUGUGCAUUGCAUUAACAGAGGAGAGUUGCUGAGAGAAGUUUUAGAAAAGCAGCCAGAAAUCACAGAGAGGAGAUGUGAAUCUUUAGUUGAGGAAAUGAAAAAAUUGAAGGAAAAACACACAAAAGAGAUUUUUGAUUUAAAAAAUGCUCAUAGUAAUGAAAUUGCACAAAUGAAUUUGAAAAUACAAGCAAUUGAAGACCAGCGAGACCAAGAAAGACUUGCCAAGGUAAAAUCUGAUGACAAUUUGUUAGCUUAUAAAGCAAGAAUUAAAAAUUUAGAAAGGCAUCUGGAAUUUAAAGCCAGAAUGGAUAGACCAAUUAUUAAAGCAAGCUUAAAAACGAGGACAAAUACACUUCCAAUCAUGGAGCAUAAGCUCUCAGUUGUAUAUUGAAAAGAACAGCCACCUGAGACCGUUGAAACUCAGCAGUCAGAAAGUGAAGAAGAAAAAGAAAUUCUACAAACUGAAGAAAAUGAAGAACAAAAAGAUCAAAUCAUAUCAGCCAGCAAGACAAUUCUUGAUGAAAGCCAAGACAAAACAUUUAAAAACGAAUCAGAAGAAAAUGAGAAAUUCCAAGAAAUGCCUGAAGACGUAAAAGAAGAGGAAAUCGUACAAAUGGCUUCAAUUCAAACAUAUGAAAGAGAAACACAAACUGAGACCAUAAAAAUUGAUGUAAAAAGCAAAAGCAUCGAAUCAAAAGAGGUGCAAACAGAGCCAUUUGUAUAUAGCGAAGAAAAGAUUAAUGCCGAAGAAGAAUAUAUUGAAAUAAAGGAUGAAAAUGAGUUUAAAGAUGAAGAUAUAAUUGAUGAAGCUGAGAUCUCAAUGCUAGACGAUUAUGCUAAUAUUUUUGAUCCUGGAAAAGAGAUAAAAGAAACAAAAGAAACAAAAGAAAUCUUUAUCGCUCCUCUCCCUAUUGCUGCAACUAAAGGAUCAGCCAGAUAUGAAAAAUCUUCAGUUCCACUUCACCCUAUACUUGAAAGGCCGAACUCAAGCCCAGUAGCUAUUAACUCUACCCUUCUCUGUGAGCGAGCACUAACAAAGAGUGUGGUUAUUUUAUAUAUUAAAAAAUUGUUUUAAAGAAAUUUAUGUUUUAGAUUGUAAAAUUCAAUAGAUAUUCAUUUAAUAAUUAUUAUUUAUAUCCCAAAUCUUUUUACUCUUUCAAAAAAUUGAGACUUUUCACUGCUAUUGCUUCUCAUAUAGGGAUUAAGAAAAGAAACUCUAUAAAUAAAAAAUUUAAGCAGGCAAAGACUUCAAGAAGAACUUCACAAGCAAAUAAAGACAAAUUUCAAAUUAAAAACGAAACCCCUGAACCCUUAAAAUUUUCCAACGGCAAAAAUAAAGAAUUUUCUUUUAUUAGGCAGGAUUCAAACAAUACCAUAAUCGAUCACAAGAAAGAUGAGCUUGAUACAAUUAAUAAAGAAAUAGAAAAUAAAUUGAAAAUAUUGGAAAAAUUGACUGCAAAAAUAGAGUCAUUUGAAAAUUCAAUUAAUUGUGUAAGCCCAUUUCUUACUCCAGGGCCUGAUGAGCAAAGGCUUAAUUCUUCUCAAUCUAACAGCAGGCCUGACACUUCUUUAUCAUUCCCAAUCCCGAAUUACCCAAAUAUUUCUAUCAAUAUAACAGAAUAUAUUCCAAAAGAUGCUGACAUUAAUUCAUGAAAAGCAGGGUUUAGCUCUGGCUUUGAAACAGGAAAAGAGUUUGGCUUUAAGGAUGGGAAAAUGCUUGGAUAUGAAGAAGGCCAUCAAAAUGGCUAUUUAACAGCUGUAAAAGAAAACAUUGAGUCAAACAACUCAUUUUGGGUAGACGAUAAACUAACGAAAAGCUUUGUACUUGAGCCAGAAGACAAAAUUUUUACGGAAUCAAGAACCCAUUCUAGCCAAGCUGCUUCAAGAAAGAAAAAAAACACAAAUAAAGACCUCACGAAGUUUAUGGAAUUUAAUUUCCACCACGAAACGACCUCGACCAAAAAAAACCACCCAGCUCCUGGGAUCCUUCAAAGGUUUCUACAAAAAGAUGUGAAUUGAAUCAGCACGAAAGCUACAAUUAGCAGAAAAAUGCUGUAUCAUUUGAUGUUUACUAUGUAUCAAGAUAUUAGGUCAAAACUAAGCCGCUCUGAAGAAAUUGAUAGCUUGCCAACAUAGAAAUGGGUGGCUAUGCUAUGCAAGCAAUUCUAGUAAUAUGCAGAGACUAGCCUAGUCUGCUUUCAGGAUUGGUAUUUACCUUGAUGGAAAAGGAAGGCAUGAAGUUGGAAUGGGACGCCUAGCAAAUCUUACAGGCAAUACCUAGGUCAAUCACUCAAUUCUCCCACGUAAAACAGUUAGUUCAAUUUCUAGCUUUGUGUUUUUUAUUUUUUGCCGAUAGUAAGCUUGAAAAUUCAUUUUUUGAGAUUUUGAGUGGGCGGGUGAAAGCUUUUUCUCUGACUUUUUGGUAGUAAGACAUUUCCUCUGCACAUUUGGUUGAAAUUUUUUCCUCGUGAGACAUUUUAUCGAAGCUUUAUGGUUUCUCCAAGUAAAUGUCUGACGAGUUAAAAAAAACAAUCGGCCAAAUUUCCCCUAGUAAAUGUCUCACUAGCAAAAUUCCUGAUCAAAUGACAUGGAGUCAUAUGGGGAGGUUUUUCAGCCCAACAGUAUGGGCCAGAAGUCCAUUGCCUGUUCAAUCAAUACUAAAUCCAAGUGGCAAGAGGAGACGGCGACAUAGAAUUCACUCCAGAAGACCAUAGCAUCAGGAUCUGAAGGAGAAGCAAGAUAGUAUUCAUGCCAACUUACCAAACGAAUUAAUUAUCCCAAUUCGAUCAAAUUUUCCUUAACAACGUCAUAAAUCAGGUGAAGCUCCUACGGUGAUCCAAUAGGCAGUCGCAAACUUAAAUUAAUCUAGCAUAGCUUGCUCGAAGAAACUUAUGACAUUUUCAUUACAAAGUAUGGACUGAAAUCUAUAGGAGACAAAAAAUUUUUAGAAUUUGUAGCCUCUUUGAUUAAAAAUUCUAGCGGAAGAAGGGCAAUGAUUUAUUUGCGAUUUUUGGGGUGUGGGGAAAAGCUUGGCUCCAAAAACUACAGCUGGCAUAGCUUUAUCUUCUUUUUGAAUAUUUUAGGCAUGGUAAUGAACUCUAAAAUUGGGAUUAUUUUUGGAAUUGAUGAUUCUGCAGAUAGGCUUAUGUACCCAAGCAUAAGGGUCAUUGAAUCCGCAAAAGAAAUUUUCGAUAAAAUUUUAGACAAAACAACUAUUGGGAACAUUGUUGCGGAGCUCGAAAAAGAAGUUAUCACAGACCCAAAAAAUUUGAAUCCGAAUGGUCUCAUUGACUUAGACAGAGCUUUUGAAAUUCUUAUAGAAAAUUACGAAAAUUAUCAGAGAAAUAUAAUAGAAGGAGUUUUCACAAUUCAGUCUGCAAUGGGAUUCCAAGAUGAUGAAUGCAUUCUAAAAAGCGAACUUUUUAUGAUAAUUCGCUGCAUUUCUCCUGAAAAAAUUAUUUUGGAUGAAAAUCGUAUAGGUUUUAGCUUUGUGAUGCAAAAGUGGUUAGAUGGCCAGCAGCUGCUGAAUCUUGACUCACUUUCUCAGCUUUUUACCAGUGAUAUCAUCUCUAUCUGUAUAGAAAAAAAUGUUUUAUCUAUUGCUGAUGUAAAAAACUUUAUAAAUAAGCAGGGAAUAAACGAAAAUGAUACUAUAAAGGACUAUAAAUCCCAAAAUCAAGAACUUUUAGACAUAUUAAACCAAAUGAAGUCGAAAGCAGAAAAGAAUUGAAAUUAUGAUGAAAAUAGCCUCGAAAUGAGACUUAAUUCGAUACAGCAUAGGAUUGAAAUUGAAGAACCUAUUAAUCCAUUAAUAUGCUGGAAAAUACUUCAGCUCGAGCUAAGACGAAUUAAAAGAGAGUGCAUGAUUUAG